AUGACGUCACGGGCAGGAGCGAGAGCAGCACCCACUAAGACGGAAGGCAGUGACCACAAGCCCGGAACCAGGGGAGGAACAGGAGGCCCAUCAAACAACUAUCAGAUGAGCAUGUCGUGCCGUUCGGAGAUUAAGAAGCUGACGCUGGUCCAGGUGAUCAUCUGGCUGCUGGUGGCGGCUCAGGUGACGGUGACCCACCUGGAGCUGGUGUCCCCGGACGUGGUGGCGGCGCCCUACCAGUGGCAGUACCCUUACCUGCUGAGCAUCGUGCCCUCCCUCCUGGGGGCCAUGGCUAUGCCACGACACAACAUCAGCUACCUGGUCAUCAGCAUGAUCAGUUCAGGCCUGUUCUCCGUCGCCCCGUUGCUCUUCGGCGCCAUGGAGAUGUUCCCCGUUGCCCAGCAACUGUAUCGCCAUGGCAAGGCCUACCGCUUCCUCUUUGGGUACUCUGCCGUGUCCGUCAUGUACCUACUGAUGCUGCUGGCACUACAGGUGCAUGCGUGGCAGCUGUACUACAGUAAGAAGAUGCUGGAUGCCUGGUUCGACUCCACACAGGAGAAGAAGAAGAAGUGA